GGUUACGGGUACACACUUACAUUUUGCUUUUUAUGCUAUGCACUGAGGAUGGCAUUACUAUCUCUAGUGCCAUCGCCAUGGUAUGUAGUUUUGAUAGAAGUUGUUUUGCAAGGGCCAUCAUUUGCACUUUGCUUGGCAACAAUAGCUACGUAUGCGAAUGUAAUAUCACCACCUGGUACAUCAGCUACUGUUCAAGCAAUUGCGUCUGGCAUGAAGGAUGGUCUCGGAUAUGCGAUUGGUAGUUUUUUUGGUGGUUUCUUAUUUAAGAAUGUUGGUGGUCGAAUAGCUCUAAGAAUAUAUUCAGGACUCGCAGCACUUGCUGCUUUAGUGUACAUUACACUUUAUAUUUUAUACUUAAAACAUGCAACGCUAUCAUUAGACGUACGAAAUAACGUUGAAUGGAGAAAACCUGACGAUGCACGAAGAGAAUGUGUUGUAGAUGAAAUGUAAUGCAUGUUUUAUAUAUGUACAUGUUAUAUUUAUAUAUGUACCUUCUUCAUAAAUA